AUGAGCACAUUACAGUCUGUCAGUCUUGCUGGUGUGGCCAUGUGCGUCUCCAAGCCGUCAGAGUUCACUUGUUGGCAGUCAGGCUUUGCGCGUUGCAGCGAACUCCCGAUUGAGCAGCACUUCGGGCAUUUACGAUCCCAAUCGGCCUCGGCGCAGCUCAGCGCCCGCUCCUUCUUCAUGGCAUCAGCUCGCCAAUCUCUCAAGGUCUCGAAGACUCUCAACCACAGCAAGCCCAAGCCUGCCAAAGCUGAGAAGCCACUGUCGGACCAACAGUUUGCCGACUGCUGCGACAGGGCCCUGAAGUCAUCAUUGAUGCUGGUCGCACGCUGCAGUGAAUUCUCUGAAGACCGGCUGGAGAAGAUGUACAGGAAAGCUUGUCAGAACGGCGCCUAUGAGUGGGAUGAUCCAGAAGAGCCCGCAGAGAAUGAGGAUGAUGAGUUGGAAGAGGUGCGGCCUGCAGAGAAGCCAGGCUCACCAGACUGCAUCCAAUUCCUGGACACAUUGCGGGUCGAUCACAAAUUGAUGGAGCCAUCGGACAACCUCGAUGAUGUCACCGUGCCAGAUGAUGCACCCGCAGGUCCUGAGCAAGACCCAGAUUUGGAGAACGUGAUGGAACCAUAUCGGGACGAGCGCUUCAUCAGCCCAAAGAGUGGAAAGGACGGCAAUGAGAUUCCUGACACUUUGCUUGAAGCACUGAAACUCAAAGAUGGUGACAUGUGGAAUCGGCUCUGGCGGCUUCUCCUUCGGUUGCGCUCUGGGAAAGGCGGCAUUGACACCGGCUUUCUGAAAAAUGCGAAGAAUAGUCGCAAAGCUUCGAGGGGUCUGAAUUGGUAUCAGCGCCUUAGCUUUUGUCAGUUCAGUUAG